AUGGGAUGUUGCUACUCGAGAAUCGAGAGAGAGGAAAUGGUGUCGAGAUGUAAAUCGAGGAAGAGGUACAUGAAGCAGUUAGUGAAAGCAAGACAAGCUUGGUCGGCUUCACACUCCAUGUACCUAAGAUCUCUCCGAAGCACAGGUGCUGCUCUGCUUCAAUUUUCAAAUGCCGAAACUACCCUCCACCACCAGCACCACCCCAGCCACCCAACAACCAUCCACCACCACCGCCUCAACAACCACACCCACCACUCGCCGCCGCCGCCUCAAACCCCGCAGACCCCACUCCAACCGCCUCCGCCUCCUCCGCGUAGCCCAAGUUCCGAGACUACUUGGACCUCCACCGCCUCCACCGCCCUGCCGCCUCCUCCUCCGCCACCGCCGUCGUCCACGUGGGAUUUCUGGGACCCUUUUGUGCCGUCGUCGUCUCGGUCGGUGACCGAGGAGGAAUGGGAGGCUACGACCACCGCAUCGGAGGCGGUGGUUACGACUGUCACCGGGGCGGCGAGCACCGUGGCGCCGCCUUCUAUUGUCAGUGGAUUUUCGAAGGACAGUGAAGCGAGCUCGAUGGCAAUGGUGGUGUCUAGAAAUGCUAAGGAUCUGGUGGAGAUCAUUAAGGAGCUUGAUGAGUAUUUUCUUAAAGCUGCCGAUGCCGGUGGCCAGCUCUCGUUUCUCUUGGAAGUUCCAACUCCUGGAUUCUCUUCUCAGAUUAAAGGAGGUAAAGUAUAUAACCAUGGUUGUAAUUUGAGUACUCCAUCCACAUGGGCAUGGGGUUCGAGUCCUAAACUCAAUGUUUUCGGGAAAAUGGGGUGCGACGAAAUGGUGUUAAGUCAUUUAGGCAGCGAAAUGGGGAGUGAUGGUGUGGUACAUAGCAGCCAUUGUUCUACUGUGGAGAGGCUCUAUGCUUGGGAGAAGAAGCUAUUCCAGGAAGUCAAGGAGGCAGAGACGAUAAAGAUAGAGCAUGAGAAGAGGGUUUCAACAUUGAAGAAGCUAGAGAUGAAGAGGGCAGCAGAUUAUGUGAAGACUGAGAAGACCAAGAAAGAGGUAGAAAAGUUGGAGUCACAAAUGAUGGUUUCUUCUCAGGCCAUUGAGACAACGUCUGCUGAGAUCAUCAAGAUAAGGGACACAGAAUUGUACCCUCAACUACUUGAGCUUGUCAAAGGAUUGAUGUGUAUGUGGAGAAGCAUGUAUGAGUGCCACCAAGUCCAGAAGCAUAUAGUUCAGCAGCUCAAAUACCUGAAUACCGUACCAUCUACUGAGCCCACGUCUGAGAUUCACAGGCAAUCAACUCUCCAGCUUGAGGUUCAUGUCCAGCAAUGGCACCAGUCCUUUUGUAACCUGGUCAGGGCUCAAUAUGACUAUAUCCAGUCCCUUACAGGGUGGCUCCGUCUUAGUCUCUUCCAGUUUAGGAGAAAUCCGUUACCAAAAACAAGCCAAGAAUCAAGAAUUUACACAUUCUGUGAAGAAUGGCACCAUGCAGUCGAUCGGAUCCCAGACAAAGUAGCAUCUGAAGGAAUCAAGAGCUUCCUAACUGUAGUGCAUGCCAUUGUAGUUCAACAAGCCGAGGAAAACAAGCAGAAAAGGAAGUCAGAAUCCGUGUUUAAAGAGCUUGAGAAGAAGUCAAGUCAACUCAGGUCACUUGAGUCCAAACACGGCUCUUUCUCGAUGCUAGAUUCUUCUAGCGCUACAGCAAAGAACCCAGUCGCUGAUAAGCGAGCAAAGGUGGAGAAGUUGAGAGCAAAAGCAGAAGAGGAAAAGAGCAAGCAUGAAAAGCUUGUGAGUGUGACGAGGUCCAUGACCAUAAAUAACCUGCAGAUGGGGUUUCCACAUGUGUUUGAGUCAAUGGUAGGCUUUUCAAGUGUGUGUAUGCAGGCGUUUGAGUCACUAUAUAACCAAGCCAAAAGUUUCACAAAGGUGACGGUCGGCCUCGUGCUUCCUCGUUUAAGUAGUGGCGAGAUGACGGCGACGCCGACCAAGUCUUUUCAAAAGCUCCACCCACGGCGUUCUGUGGUGGCCGAGGGUGUUUUAGAGGGGCAUGGUUCGGCGAAUAUCGUCGCGCUCCGUCACCGGAGGGGUCGAGAAAGCUUCAGAGCUUCUCCACUGGCGUCCUCUGCAACCCUACUCAGCCGAAUCCUCACCCGCGCCUCAAACCCCAUCCCCAUCCCCUCCUCGAUCCGCUCCUUCUCCUCCACAUUCUACCAAAUCGUGAAGCCAUCGCCGCAGCGCGCGCGUGACGACGCCCCCGACCACCUCCACCGCUCCGGUCUUCUCAUCAACGACGAGGACGACGCGCUCUACCUCACGAAAUCCAUGCCGGGGCUCGGCGUUGAAGACAUCCACGUGGAGAUUAAUAAGAACAACACUCUCAUCAUCAAAGGCUCCCCCAGCGGCUACGAGACGGUUCUUCACCUCCCGCCGUCGUGCCGGAAGGAGGAGGGUCGGUUCAUUAUGAAGAACGGUGUGCUGAGGGUGAAGGUGCCCAAGGAGCAUAAGCCCAAUGGCCCAAAUGACCAGGCCCAAUCGGGUCAAAGCCCAUGUAUAGCUGAGGAGUACAAGAGUGGUGAUGCUGUGCUCAUUGUGGGUCAUCAUUUUCAUAUGAAAACAAAAGUUAGGGUUAAGAGAGGUCCGGAACUUGCUUUAGUUCCUUUGGGGAAACGUGGUAAAGGUGAUGAGGUUUCCGAGUCCAUGGCUUUGGUGUCUUAUGUGUUGGAUUUUUCACCAGAGAUGGCUCUAGCUCAUUUGGGUGGUGUGAUUGUGGUUUCUCCGACGAAGAAAAGGAAGCUAGGCCGUCCAAAAGGUUCUUUGAACAAGAAAACUGCUGGUAUUGCUGAUCAGUCUGUGCAGGGGCCAAAAAGAGCUAAAAAACGCUCUUUUGGCGCCUGGAAAAAUUUGAAGAAGGAGCUGGAUAAAGUUCAGGUUCCUUCUGAAGAAGAGGGAGAGGCAGUAGACUGUGGAUCCGGAGCUGAUUUCUUCUGGAGGAAGCAGCAAGCAGCUGCAGAUCACUAUACCUUGCUAGGUUUAAGCGAUCUAAGAGAGGCUGCCACUCCGGAACAGAUUAGAAAAGCCUAUCUCAUUAGCGCAUUGAAAUACCAUCCUGACAAGCACACCUCCCUUAUUCUCGCCGAGCCAACCGAAGCCGCAAGACAAGCCAAGAAGGAAAAGAUCGACACAAAGUUCAAGAGAAUCGUAGCAGCAUAUGAAGUGUUGAGUGAUCCGGGCCAGAAACGAAGAUACGACUCCCGAAGAAUAUAUAGCUCCGAUGGGAAUGAUAGUAGUGAUAGCGAAGAUGAUCAUCAACCUCAUCAGCAACAGGCGCAGCAGCAUGAUGAUACGGACGAUGAAAUCCCCACUGAGUGUGCUCCGGGGUAUUUCUUCCAGGUGUUUGGUCCUGUUUUCGAGAGAUUUGCGCGGUGGUCGGCUAACAAACCGGUGCCGGGGUUAGGGAAGGAGGGAACUCCGAUGGAGACAGUGGACAAGUUCUAUGAGUUUUGGUUUAAAUUCAAAAUCAGUAGAGACUUCACAGAUAAGUAUCAUUAUGAACGUGAUAAAGACUGCGCUAAGAAGCAGGAGUAUUUAAAAAUUCUGAAACUUGUUAAGAAUGUAUAUAAAAAAGACCCGAGGAGAUUGAGGAGAGAGGAAGAGGAGGAAGCCAAGAAGUUGAGGGAAAAUAUGGAAAAGCAAAUGAGGAAGGAGGCGAAAGCUAGUGCUGCUGCUAGGGCGGCUGCUAGGGCAGCUGAGGAGGAGAGGCGGCGAAAAGAAGAGAAGGAGAAGCGAGCUGCGGAAGCGGCUUUGGAGCAGAAGAAGGAUGAUGUGGAAAGGCUUUGCUUGUGGUUUGAUUUUGAGAAGCUUAUGAAUGUAUGUGAAAUAAUUGAAGAGGGAAAAGAUGAAGGACUAAUGGACCGAUUAGCGAAUAUUGAAGAGAGACCUUGGGGAAAAGAAGAGAUUGAGCUAUUAAGGAAAGGGAGGGAGACAUUUCCUAAAGGAACACCGCGAAGGUGGGAGGCUGUUUCGGAUUACAUUGGUACCGGAAGAUCUGUGGAGGAAGUUGUCAAGGCAAUGAAGACAGUGCUGGACAAGCAACCUGAUGUUAGCAAAGCGUUUGACUCUUUUCUUGAGAAGAGGAAGCCUUCAAAAUCUAUUGAUUCGUCCCUCACAACAAGAAAAGAAGUAGAAGGGGUAAUGUCAUCCACUAGUACUAGUACGAGUCCUCCUCCUCUUAAUGAUCAGAAGUCUGAAGUUGGAUCAACGUCGAGUAGUUCGGAGCAGGAUGAUGUGUGGUCUGAUGAGCAAGUAAGGGCAAUGAUUCAGGCAAUGAAGAUUCUUCUGAAGGAACUAUCUGGCGGCUUCACCCUGCUAAUCCUCUCCGUGUUUGCUAUUCUCUUGGAUGGCUAUGGUGGAGUUUUUCUCUGUUCGGAUCUGAUCUCUAGAGAUCUCUUUGGUGGAUCGGUGGUGAUUUUUGACUAUGGAGAUGGAGACGGCUGCCAUGGCGAUGACGGUAUGGAAGUCUUUUCUUUUCAUUCUUCGACUGUGAUGGGGAUCCUCCCUCCUCUAUUCCGUCGAAUCUAUGGUGGUGACCGCGGUUUGGCUCGCCAAUUCUUAUCUAAUACAAGCUUCAACCUCUCUCCCUUCACUUAUGGUGGUUGUGAUGGCAUUGAUGGUGGUGGUGAAACAAUUGAGAUCGAUCAGAUCUUGAAUCAAUCUGGCAAGGACAUAGAGACCCUGGUUUUGGCUAUGACGGCAAUGCUUGGCUUUGAUGGUGAUGACGUCGGCGGAAAGGUGGAGGCGGCUAGGGCAACAUUAUUGGCUCCUCUUAGAAUUGGGCUCGAAUGGGCCUGGGCUGGAUCAGCUAAGAAACUCGACAUGGGCCCUAAUGGGAGGAAACAGCAAGCAGCUGCAGAUCACUAUACCUUGCUGGGUUUAAUCGAUCUAAGAGAAGCUGCCACUCCGGAACAGAUUCGAAAACCCUAUCUCAUAAGCGCCUUGAAAUACCAUCCUGACAAGCACAGCUCCCUUAUUCUCGCCGAGCCAACCGAAAAGGCCAGAGAAGCCAAGAAGGAAGAGAUCGACACAAAGUUCAAGAGAAUCGUAGCAGCAUAUGAAGUGUUGAGUGAUCCGGACCAGAAACGAAGAUACGACUCCCGACGAAUCUAUAGCUCCGGUGGGAAUGAUAGUACUGAUAGCGAAGAUGAUCAUCAAUCUCAUCGGCAGGCGCAGCAGCAGCAUGAUGAUAUGGAUGAUGAAAUCCCAACUGAGUGUGCUCCGGGAUAUUUCUUCAAGCUGUUUGGUCCUGUUUUCGAGAGAUUUGCGCAGUGGUCGAAGAACAAACCGGUGCCGGGGUUAGGGGAUGAGGGAACUCCGAUGGAGACGGUGAAGAAUUUCUAUAAGUUUUGGUCUAGCUUCGAAAGCAGUAGAGACUUCAAAGUUAGGUAUCAUUAUAAACGUGAUAGAGACUGGGCUAAGGAGCAAGAACGUAAACGGAUUCAGAGACUUGUUAAUAAUGUUUAUCGGCAAGACCCGAGGAUAUUGAGGAGAAAGGAAGAGGAGGAAGCCAAGAAGUUGAGGAAAAAUAUGGAAAAGCGAAUGAGGGAGGAGGCGGAAGCUAGGGCUGCCGCUAGGGCGGCUGCUAGGGCGGCUGAGGAGGAGAGGCGGCGGAAAGAAGAGGAGGAGAUGCGAGCUGCGGAAGAGGCAUUGGAGCAGAAGAAGGUUAAGGAGAGGGAAAAGAAGCUUUUGCAGAAGGAAAGGAGUCGUUUUCGGAAACUCUUAUUAGGGUUGGAUGGUAUUGAGAAGGAUGAUGUGGAAAGGCUUUGCUUGUGGUUUGAUUUUGAGAAGCUUAGGAAUGUAUGUGAAAUAAUUGAAGAGGGAAAAGAUGAUGAAGGACUAAUGGACCGGUGGGAAGCUGUUUCGGAUUACAUUGGUAGCGGAAGAUCUGUGGAGGAAGUUCUCAAGGCAAUGAAGACAGACGUUCUCAAGAAACCUGAUGAUAGCAAAGCGUUUGACUCUUUUCUUGAGAAGAGGAAGCCUUCAAAUCCUAUUGACUCGCUCCUCACAACCAGAAUAGAAGUAGAUGGGGUAGCGAUGUCAUCAACUAGUACUAGUACCAGUACCAGUACAAGUCCUUCUCCUCCUCCUAAUGAUCAGAAGUCUGAAAGUGGAACAACGUUGAGUAAUUCGGAGCAGGAUGAUGUGUGGUCUGAUGAGCAAGUAAGGGCAAUGAUUCAGGCAAUGAAGAUUCUUCCGAAGGAACUAUCCGGCGGUGCGCGGUGGGAGCGAGUUGCUGCUGCUGUUCCAGGGAAGACUGCAAUUCAGUGCAAGAAAAAAUUUGGGAAAUCGAAAAUGAGCGCGUCGAGGUUCAUAAAGUGCGUCACUGUUGGCGACGGAGCUGUGGGUAAGACGUGUCUGCUUAUCUCCUACACCAGCAACACCUUCCCCACCGAUUACGUGCCUACUGUUUUUGACAAUUUUAGUGCAAACGUGGUCGUCAAUGGGAGCACUGUUAACCUUGGAUUGUGGGAUACAGCUGGACAGGAGGAUUAUAACAGAUUAAGACCUUUGAGUUAUCGUGGGGCUGAUGUUUUUAUACUGGCGUUCUCUCUGAUUAGCAAAGCCAGCUAUGAAAAUGUGUCAAAGAAGUGGAUCCCAGAAUUGAAGCACUAUGCACCUGGUGUUCCAAUCAUUCUUGUUGGAACUAAGCUUGAUCUGCGGGAUGACAAGCAGUUCUUUAUUGACCAUCCGGGUGCUGUGCCUAUUACUACCGCUCAAGGAGAGGAGCUCAGGAAGCUAAUUGGAGCACCAGCAUACAUUGAGUGCAGUUCAAAAACACAGCAGAAUGUGAAAGGGGUGUUCGAUGCAGCCAUAAGGGUUGUCCUUCAACCUCCCAAGCAGAAGAAAAAGAAAGGGAAAGGGCAGAAGGCAUGCUCCAUAUUGUGAUUGGAAAUAGGUGUAAAGAGAUAAUGACCAUCCAUUCUCCCUGUAUUCCCCUCCCAUCCCCUUUCUCCCCUAAUCUUUUUCCCUUUUGUCAUGAAGAAGUUGGAGUCAGUCAGUUGUUCCUGUCCGACAAUACUCUAGAUCUCUAUGAAGCAUCAGGUGGUUCGGUGUUGCAUUCUUAGAAUUGUUGUGAUCUCUUAAUUGUUGAAUUGUAUGGUUUCCAACUUUGUCUUAACUGCGGUUUUGAUUUCAUUCAUGUAUUAAUAGGCUGGACUCCCAGUUAGAGAAACGACCUUGUUUUGCAUGGACCCAGUUAUAUUUAUUACUUUUGCUGUGGUUGAAGGCUUUGUUUU